AAGUACGACCGCGGUAACGAGUGUGCACACCCCUGAUUUACAAAUACUGCGCACUGUUUACAAAACACUACGCGGCGUGCGUUUAAAAAGUCGUUUUAUUUAUUUUUAAUCAAGUUUGUAUUUGCGAUGCAAUGGGAGACUUCCGUGUGCAGGGCAACAGUGCACACUUCAUACUGUUAUGCACGAUUGUCAGGGCCGUGAUUGGAACUGGGUUAGGGAAAUGUCCAAUAUAUCCACAGUUUCCUAACUAUGAUAUCAGUCGGAUGACAGGAAAAUGGUUCGAGGUAGAGAGAUCCUUCCACCUGAUGGAGAUCGCGGCAAGUUGCACAGAGUUGGAUGUGACGCUUAACGACAGAGGCUUCUUAGUAAUUACCGUCAAUACUCGUAAUAGAUGGUCAGGCAGCCUAUCCACGAGUUACGGCCUGGGCAUCCCGAGCCACAACGGCUCGUCUUCGUUCAGAUACAAGCUGAACAACCGGAUGCCCUACAUCAUCGGGCGGAUGCUGCCCGGUGCGGGCCAAUACAACGUGCUGUUCACUGACUACGAACGCUUCGCGCUUGUCUGGUCCUGCACUAACUUUAGCAUCGCUCAUUCAGAUCGGAUGUGGGUGCUAGGGCGGCAGCGUGACAUAGAAGCGGAUCUGCGAGCGCAGAUCUACGCCAUCAUACAGGAGUUAAACCUCGACCCCGACAGACUCAUCCUUUCGAAGAACAACAACUGUACUGAAAUCGAACAACAAUCGACUGAAAUAAACUAAUUAUUUAUUA